AUUCUUCUCUUCCUCGGGUGAAGGUGCUUCAACUAUGCUACAUGUGAAGGUAUUCCAGAAAAUGACAUGAGAUAAACAAGAAAGGGAAAAGAUUGGCACAAGUUAUGUUCAGAAAGGGAGAUGGAGAAUAAUGACAUGGAAGGUGUGCAUUGGUGCAACAUAUGCUCUAAAAUGGUGAACCCAAUUAGAGAUACUGAGAACAUAUGCCCAUUUUGCGAGACAGAGGUUUCUGAGGUAAUGGAGAACCUAAGGGACCAGAAUGACGUUAUUGACUUGAGGUCAGCUUGGGUGUUCUCACUUUAUGCCCCAAUUUUUCUUGGUUUGAUGGGUGCUUUUAGUCCUUCUCUAGCAAGGAUUGCUCCACAUGGGGGAAGCAGCUCAAGGGGGGAGGAAGAAGAGGUCGAGCAGCAGAUGGAAAAUGAGCUUGUGCUUGGAAGAAGAAGAAGAACUUCAUCCUACAUGAUGCAUCUUUUCAGAGGACUUCAUGUUAGGAUGGUGUCUGAGUCUGAAAACCUUGAAGACAAUAGGAACAUGGAUGGCAACAGCAUACUUGUGAUUGAUCCAUUCAAUGAAGGUGCACUGAUUGUGAGAGGCCCUAACAUGAACCACACAAGUAGUCCAAAUGAGAACAAUGCUAUUGGGAACUCCCUGAAUGACCUUGUGGUAGGAUCUGGCUUUGAUUUGUUGCUUCAACACUUGGCACAGAUUGGUCCUGGUGGGUAUGCUAGUGUGAACCCUCCAGCACAGAAGGCAGCAAUUGAAGCAUUGCCUAGUGUGACUAGUGAGGAGAAGUUGCAGUGCACAGUGUGCUUGGAGGAUGUUGAUGUUGGGAGUGAAGCAAAGGAGAUGCCAUGCAAGCAUAUGUUCCAUGAUGAUUGCAUUGUCUCAUGGCUCAAACUUCAUGGUUCUUGUCCAGUAUGCAGGUUUCAGAUGCCAUAUGAGGAUUCAAAUGUUGAAGCCAAUGUGGGAAAUGGAACUGAAAAUCAAAACAUUGAGCUAGUCAGAGCUGGAGAAGAGAGACCAAGAAAUGGAAGGAGGAACUGGUUUCCAGUGCUGCAAUCAUUCAGCAAUUUUCUUCCUUCUCCCUGAUCAAAACUCUAUUGUUGUUAUCCUUGUAGGAAAUUGCACACAUGCGAUUGAUGCAGCUGCUACUGUGAUUGUGAUACAGUCGCUGAGAGCUAAAACACCUUAAUGCUCUGGCUAAAAUUGCAUCAGUUAACCGUUUAAUUAAACCCUUUUGGGGUCUAGUCUUCAUCAUCCUCACCAGAUGACACUGCCAUGCCUCUUAAAUCCUUCCUAAUUCUAUGUAUGUUUUAGAUUUCCUAGUCUUACUUUCUUGUACAACUCAAAUACGCAUAUGUUUGUAAAUAUUUGCAAAAAAGAAGAAUAU